AAAAUUCUCCUUUAGCCAUUCCACAUACCGACCGCCGUCGGUUGUGGUCACGGCGAAAACGUCACUCAUGACGUCAUGACUAAUGCCCACGCAAGGCUCACAACGACCCAUCUAAAGAGGUGGGUCAAAGUGAACGUUGAGAAUAAUUCGGCGCAAUUUUUGAAAUUGUUUUUGAAAUAUGAUAUUCAAAGCUUAAAGAUGGCGACAAGAAAAAUAACAUUAUAUGAUUCUGAAAGAGAAAUUGUAGUAGAAGCUAUCGUUUCUGAAGCUGAAGCUGCUCGUGCAGAAAGAGAUGUAUUUUUUGCAACUGAGCUGUUAAGAAAAAUUAUUAAUCAAAAUUCUGAAGCUUCCGCAUCUGUUGAAGUUGAUCAAGAAUCUAGUGAAUUAUACGAUGAAGAGACUUCAGAGAGUUUUAUUGGAGAAGAACGACUUGAUAGUGAUAAUCCAACCGAUCUCAACUCUGAAACUCCAGAAUUUGAAGAAACUUCAGUAUACAGGUGGAACUCACCCUGCGUAUUAUUAUUAUUGGAAUUAUAUAGGUCUAUGGAAAUAACUCUGAACAGUGGAAAAAUUUCUCAAAAACAAGUAUGGAAUAAAAUAUCCCAAGAUAUGAAAAAAAAAAAAGGAUACGAUGUGACGGGACCGCAAUGUCAUUCUAAAAUACGAAGCCUAAAAAAAACAUAUAAAUCUACUAAGGAUCAUAACAAUAAGUCAGGAAAUAAUAGAAAGACAUGGCAGUUUUACGAUGUUAGUACAAAUUACUCAAUAUUUUCAUAAAUUUUACAUUUACUUGAAUAUUUUAUAAAACCAAUAAACAAUUUUCAACUUCACCAAAAUUAUUUAUAAAAUAUUCAAUUAUUCUUCACUUUUAACAUAAAUAAAUUUAAGUCACAAAUAUUAAAACCACGAAGUCUAGAUAAAAGGAGAACGAUCGGCAUAGGCUUUCUCGCCGUAUUUGCGUCUGUAAUAAUGAGAAAACAUCGGGUACAAUAUUUGUCCGCAAGGCAGCGGUAGUGUUAGAAAGUUCUGAUUUUUAGAACAUGUUUUAAUGUAAACAUUAGAUUGUGUUAUUGAAUGUUGUUGUUGUCAUAGUUAACAAAUAAGCGUUUUAUAAAAUUCAAAAUGGUUAAAAAUUGUGCUGUGGUGAAUUGUAAAAACAGUAAAAAUAAUAAAAAAUGUAAAAAAGAUUUACAACAGGAUGAAAACUCCUUAUUUAAGCUGCCAAAAGACCCUGAUAUUGUUAGACAAUGGAGUCAUAUUUUGGGACAAGAUUUAGUGUCAGAUUCGAAAGUUGACAUUUUUAUUUGUGAUUUGCAUUUUGAAGAAGAAUAUAUUCGUCGGAAAGAUAUUAUUAUUAUUCCUAAUCAAGAACCGUUUGUGUCUGAACGAAAGAAAAUAAUACUCAAACCUGGUGCCAUCCCAACAUUACAUAAAAAUAUUAGCUCAAUAAUACCUGUUACAAAUAUUUCUGUAAAUGCCAAUACAAAC